AUGUCGAGGAUCUGCGCCACCAAUUUUCAGAAGGACGGCAGAAGAAAAAUGAUCAGCAAACUGAUAGAGGCCAUAGAGAAUCUUUCUUGUAGCAGCGAAGAGGAUGAAGGAGCCGUCCGCAGGAGCGGGGUCGAUCAGGAUAAAUGGAGCGAGACAAAGGUGAGGUUUAUGCGAAAGUAUGGACAUAUAGAGUAA